UAAGUACUUUUCUUAUCUUGUAUUUUUUUAUAGAUUUAAAUGCCCGUCGUUUGAUUGUAAUUAAAUACAAUGUCAGAAAAUACCGAACUUACUAAAGGACAUUUUAGGAAGGGUUUUAUGUGGGGUGCUGCAACUGCUUCUUAUCAAAUUGAAGGAGCAUGGAAUGAGGAUGGUAAAGGCCAAAGUAUUUGGGAUACAUUUGUACAUACAGGUCACAUUGAAGAUGGUACAAAUGGUGACAUUACAUGUGACAGCUAUCAUAAAUACCAAGAAGAUAUCAAUAUGUUGAAAAACUUAAAAGCAACACACUACAGAUUUUCACUUUCCUGGUCGAGGCUUUUGCCAACUGCUGAUAGUUCUACACCAAAUCCAGCAGGAGUUGAUUUUUAUAACAAGUUUAUAGAUGCCCUGCUUGCAAGUAACAUUAAACCUUGUGUCACCAUAUACCAUUGGGACCUUCCACAAUGUCUUCAAGAUAUUGGUGGCUGGCAAAGUGAUGACAUAGUGGAAAAAUUCAGGGAGUAUUCAGACUUUUGCUUUUCUCAAUUUGGAGAUCGUGUAAAGCUUUGGAUCACAAUUAAUGAGCCCCAUGUUCAGUGUGGGUUUGGUUAUGGCAAUGGUAUACAUGCACCAGGCAUUAAGGAUCCAUUAAAUGCUUGCUAUCAAGUAUCACGAACAAUGCUACUGGCUCACGCACAUGCUUACCGUGUAUACGACACUAAAUACCGGAAGACACAAAAUGGUCAAAUCUCAAUCACGUUGAACAGUGACUGGUGUGAACCAAAAGAUCCAACCAACCCAGAGCAUGUCAAGGCUGCCCAGUUUUACAUUGAUGUGACUCUUGGUUGGUUUGCCAAUCCAGUGUAUGGUGAUGGAGACUUUCCAGCUUCUAUGAAAAAAUGUAUUCUUGAAAACUCUACAGCACAAGGUCUUGAAAAAUCAAGGUUGCCCACGCUUACAGAAGAGGAAAAGAAGCUUAUCAAAGGUACAUACGAUUUUUUCGGUUUAAAUCACUAUACAACUAGACUUGCGGAACCUGUAAGUGAAGCAACACAAGACUAUCUGAUGCAUCCGGACUUGGCUGUUUAUGUUCACCCUGACUCUUCAUGGGAAAGAGCAGGUUCUGAAUGGCUUUACAUUGUUCCAAAUGGCUUAAGAAAGUUGCUGAACUACAUUUCAAAGACCUAUGGAGAUCCAAGUAUUAUUAUAACGGAAAAUGGUUGCUCUACCAAAAACCCUGUUAAUGAUCCAGGUGACACCAAGCAGCUGGUUGAUGAACAGAGAUGUUGUUACAUAACUUCAUACCUCAAUGAGGCACUCAAAGCUCAUUUAUUGGAUGGUGUUGAUUUGAGAGGUUAUUUUCUUUGGACACUGAUGGAUAACUUUGAGUGGGCAGCAGGUCAUACUGAGAGAUUCGGACUUCACCAUGUUGAUUUUAGUGAUGGAAAUCAAACCAGGACACCAAGAAAAUCUGCUGCCAUUUACACCAAGAUUAUUGAAGAGAAUGGAUUCAGUGCCUCUUAACAAUACAUUUGUUUAUCCCAGUAAUAAUUGAAGGUGUCCCAAUGAUAUUAUAUUUAGCUUGUUUUGCAUGUAUCGCAGCCAUAUCCGUGCACUUGAUCUAAUGAUAUUGUAAUUUCCUGAUUUAUUUGUAUUCUUGUAGGUUUUAUCUGCAGCCUCUUAUGCAACGCGCAGUAAUCGCUUUAAAAUUAAUUAUUUUAUAAAAAAUGUUUUGUUACUAAUCGCCAAAUCAAAUGUUUCAUUGUUUGUGUUCCUUCAUGAUUAUUUCUGCCCAGUAUUUGACAAUAUAUUAUUGUUAAAAAUACAACCAAUAAAAUAUGAAAUGCAGUUUAA